AUGAGCACAAAGGCCAAGAAGCAGCACAAGUACAAGCACAGGCUCCAAAUUCAGCAGCAGCAGCAGCAACGGCAACAACCCACACCAUCGCACCACCUGGAGGCGUCCAGCAACUGCAGCAGCGACAGUGGGGCUCGCGUUUCGUGGGUGGGCCAGCACAGCCCACUUCCAGAAGUGCAGACGCAUCUGGUCGUUCCCGAGCAAGCUCGCGUCGUCUUCCACACAGACGGUACGCAACAAGGGCAGCAACAGCCCCAGCACCAUCGCCACCACAUCUGCACGAAAGGACACAGCUGCGCCAACGCAUCCGGCAUGAUGCCAAACGGCCAGCUCGAGCGCGAGUACAUCGAGAACCUGCGCGUGCAGGUGCACUACCUGGAGCACGAAGUCGGCUACCUGCGGGACGAGCUUGGCAAGUCGAACCAGGAGAUUGCGGCAGAGGCGCGAAAGGACCUGGAAGAAAAGCUCCAACAGACCCGGCAACGCUUCCGGCACAAGUGGCAGCAGCAACAGCAGCUGCUAAAGGAAGCAGAGGAGAAGUACGAGGCGCUGUUCCGAUCAAAGGAGCGCGGCGAACAGACCCUGCGCGCCGCACUCACACAGCGCGAGGACGAGAAGCGCUCGCUCAUCAGCAAAGUGCAGCAGCUGCACAAGGACGUGGAGGUGCUGGAGGAGGCCUGCAGCGACAAGGACGCCCACCUGCAGCGGCAAAAGGACGACAUCCACACCAAGAUCACAGAGCUCGCCGAGCGCGACCGCCGCCUGCGACAGCUUGAAACGCGCGUGCGCGAUGCGCAGCGCAUGUACGAGCAGGCCAAGGCCGUUGGCGAGGAGCGCGAGAUUGAGAUUGUCGAGCUCAAGGGCAACAUCGAAGACCUGCAGGCACAGCUGCGAGGCGGUGCCGACGCAAGCACGGACGACGAGGGAAAACCCGGCAGCGGCAACAAUGGUGAUGGCGAGAGCGAUGGUGAUGGUGAUGGCGGCAGCAGCAGCAACAGCAACAACAGCAACGAGGGUGGCAGAGGGUCUGCCCACAAGCAAGAGAUGCGCACGCUUCGCGCCAAGUUGAAGCAGACGGAGCUGAGCCUGCAGGAGAGCAGGGCACUGGAACGCCGCCUGCGUGAUGACGUGGACGCACUUGUGCACGAGAAUGCGCAGCUGGCAAACAGAAUAACAGAGCUGGAGGCCGACUGUAACACCAAGCAGCGCCAACUUCUGCAAGAGCGUGAGCACGGCCGCGCACUCGGUGAAGAGCUGCGGCAGAUCCAGCUGCAAGGUCGACAGGCACGGACCAAGUCGCAGUCGCUCGAGGCAGACAUGAGCAGCCUGCAGGACGAGUGCCGGCGCAUGGAGAUGAUUCUCAAGAACAAACAGGUUGAGUCUGCCACCCUCGACCAGGACAACUACGAACUUCGCGAGGGACUCGCCCACCUUCGUGGCGCCCUUGAGCGAGAGCGGCAGGAGAACAUUCAGCUCAAACAGGAGAAGGUGCUGCUGACGGACCACCUCCGAGAGCUUCAACUCGCAAUGGAGUCCAACGCAAGAGAAUUUGAGACGGCGUUGCACGAACGAGACAUUCUCAGCAGCCGAGUCAGAGAGCAAUCGCGCACAAUUUCGUUCAUGAAGCGCAUGCAGAACAUCCGGUGGUCUGACCUGGAGGAGAUGGCGAUGACAGUGAAGGAGUUUACACGUCAGAUGGGCACACAAGAGCGGGAAACAAGUGCCUUGUACGAAGAAUGA